GAUCUCCAAUCAAAGUAUCCAAACACAAAGAUUUAGGGCUCUUCUCAUCAGCUCAGAAAAACACCACCGGCGAGUUCAUCGGCAGUUACUUCCGGUCACAAUGCGGCGCCGUUUCACUACUCUCUCUGCCUCCGUCCUACUAUUAUUUCUAUCCUCCAUUCUUCUGUUCACUCCGUUAAGCAAUCGUUCCGUAAAAGCUGAAGUCAUAACAUUGACAACUGAAACUUUUAGCGACAAGGUACAAGAGAAAGAUACAGCGUGGUUCGUUAAGUUCUGCCUUCCUUGGUGCAAGCACUGCAAAAACUUGGGGACGGUAUGGGAAGAAUUGGGGAAGGAGAUGGAAGGUGAGGAUGAAAUUGAGAUUGGAGAAGUUGACUGUUCAACGAGUAAACCAGUGUGUUCUAAAGUAGAUAUUCAUUCGUAUCCGACUUUCAAGUUAUUCUACAAUGGAGAAGAAGUUACAGUGUACAACGGAACGAGGAAGGUUGAAUUACUCAAAGCAUUUGCUGUGCAAGAAACAGAAAAAGCAGCCGCAAAAGCACAACUUGACGACGAUGCCGAGCUCUAACUGUUCUUUCAGGUUUAAAAUUACUUACUGUAGGUCUUCACGUUCUGCAGCUAAAGCUCCAUUUAUGCUGCUACGAUAUGUACUCAUCAAUCAAGAAAUAUACAAUAGCUUUUUUUUUCCAAGAUAGAUUGAGAUUAAAUCGUACGGAACUUGCUUUCCCUCGUUGGAUCAAUUUUUGGCUUUCAGAAUAUGAUUUUUAUGCUUCAGUUCUAUAAUAUAAAUACAUUCAUCUUUAGCAUAA